AUGUACCUUACGCACGUUCCUGGGCUUCUCCAACUCCUCUUCUUCGUUUUGCCCUUCCAGUGUGACCCUAUUUCGAGGACGCAGGUGCUGCGCGGUAGCUCAGCGCGUCGUGUUCAAGUGCCAAUAUAUCUCCUUCUUAAAGUCCUUGUACUGGCCGUCAAGUUGGUUAGAACGUCAAGUGGGUUCCUAUUUUAA